CGGAAAGCUAUAUAAAGGCAGCAGUACAUCUACUGAAGAUGAUCACCAGCACUAGCAAAUCCUCAAUCUCACUACAAACUUAUUGCACUCCCUUCGUUUGACCAUAGCUCGCCCCUUCAUCAUGCUCUUCUACGCCACGAUCGUUGCUCUUUUGGCCUCAGCCUCCCUCGUUGCCGGCGCAGCCUUCCCCGGCGGCGACAAAGACAAGAGCACCUGCUCCACAGUCUACCACACCAAGACCAAGAUCGGUGAGACAAAGUCCACCUACUACGAGACCAAGACGAAGACAGACACGUAUCCCUCCACCAGCACCAAGUACAUCACCACGUCAUCAGCGUGCCCAUACACCAGCACCCUCUACAAGCCCACGACCAAAACUUACCUCACAACCUACACCCACAGCGAGAAAGUUCCCGUGACAACAUACACCUAUUUGACCAAGCUUGAAACGAAGAGCACCAUCAAAGUCGAAACAAACAAGGAAACCUCUACCGGCACGUCCUACGUCGCCUCCACCAAAACCGAGUACCUCACUGUUACGGCGACGAAGACGGCGCUCGAGACUGUGACUAAGGAGACUAAGGUUCCUGAUACGAAGACGGACGUCGAAACUAAGACUGUGUGCGCAACGUCGAAGUGCUCCGGUUAUGGAUGUUGAGGGUCUGCGUUAGGUGGGUGUCUGUGAAAACUGGCACUUGGUGUGUUGGGAGGGAGAGGGGUACAGCCAACUGUUUUCACUCCUUGAAAUGGUGAUACGGGAAUGUUUUG